ACUCGUUGAACAGUGAUGGUGAUCAAGGAUAGUGAGUUUGAGCAUUCGUUCGGUUAUGCUUUGCUCCGCGGUGAUAUGGGCACGGUGUGGGAUACAUCGAAAGACGAGCGGAUGGUAAAUGGAACCAUGAAUCCGGAGCUGAUACAACGUGCCAAGGAGCGAGCGAUUCGUGCUCAACUGAAUUCGGCCGACGGUGACACCUGCGAGCUACACGAUCAGUUCUACCGUGACCACAAGCUGCUGCUGGUACUGUUUCGCGCGCUAGCCGUCAUGCCGAUUACUCGGUCAGCACCGGGCCGCAUAACGUUUAGCUGGCGCUCCAGUGCAUCUAUCUACGCCUUCUUCUUCUACAUCGUAACCACCGUCAUAGUGCUAGUGGUCGGUUACGAACGCAUCAAGGUUUUCCGCACCACCAGCAAGUUCGACGAGUACAUCUAUGGCAUUCUGUUUGUAAUCUUUCUGGUACCGCACUUUUGGAUUCCCUUCGUGGGCUGGGGUGUAGCGAAGCAGGUUGCGAUCUAUAAGACCAUGUGGGGUGCGUUUCAGGUGCGCUACUACCGCGUAACCGGAACCUCGCUACAGUUCCCCCGGUUGCGUAUGCUGAUCGUUUGCUUCUCGAUCGGUUGCCUGGUCUGUGCGAUCGUAUUCCUGCUAUCCCUCAGCUUCCUGCUGGAGGGCUUUGCCCUGUGGCACACGUCCGCAUACUACCACAUCAUCACGAUGCUGAACAUGAACUGUGCACUCUGGUACAUUAACUGUCGAGGCAUACGGGUGGCCUCGUCGAGUCUUUCGCGAUGCUUUCGAAAUGACGUUGCCGUCGAGUGUACGGCCGCCAUGAUCUCGCGCUAUCGAUUCCUCUGGCUGAACCUCAGCGAACUGCUGCAGUCGCUCGGUAAUGCGUACGCCCGCACCUACUCCACCUACUGCCUGUUCAUGUUCGUCAACAUUACCGUCGCGAUCUAUGGCGCCCUGUCGGAAAUCAUCGAUCAUGGGUUCAGGUUUUCGUUUAAGGAGAUCGGCCUAAUCGUGGACACGGUGUACUGCUCGAUCCUGCUGUUUAUUUUCUGCGAUUGCUCACACAAUGCCACACUCCAGGUGGCCCAGGGUGUACAAGAUACGUUGCUCGGCAUCAACCUGCUGAAAGUCGAUCAGCCCACGCAGAAGGAGAUCGAUCUGUUCAUUCAGGCAAUCGAGAUGAACCCAGCCAUCGUCAGUUUGAAGGGAUACGCCGAAGUGAACCGGGAGCUACUAACAUCGAGCAUUUCAACCAUUGCGAUCUACCUGAUUGUGUUGCUGCAGUUUAAACUGUCACUCAUUUCGCAACAAAUUCCGGCCGAAAUCAUAGAGAAUGUGAAACUGCUACAAAAGGGAACCUAAACGGAACGGAUA